GAGAACCUCCCAAAAAGUUGCUGCCCAUUUCCUGGAAGCAAGGUUCCCUUUUGCUUCUCGCCCCCUUAAACAACACAGGAACAGUACAAACAGUGUAAAGCUGUAUCGUCCACACCAGCAGCAGCAGCAGCAGCAGCGAGCAGUGGUGGUGGGGGGAAACGCGGCAAGAAGAGAGAGAAAAAAACACGAAAAACCCCUUGGAAAAAGGGCCUCAUUAAUGUAGGGCGCUGCUCCGGGAAGCUCCGGGAAGAAGAGAAAGUCGCGACGCGAAGCAACAAGAGCGAAGCAAGCCUUGGAAUUGAAAACAAUUUCGUGCAAUUGUGUGCUGCAUCAACCGCUAACACAAACAGAGCAGAAACGAAUCAAGAGUCACACACGCAUUUAAUAUGUUUGUACGUUCAAAUUAAAAAAGCGCGAGCCGUGGGCUUGAAUCAAGAGUGUGUUUUUUAGCGCAGCAGCUCCAGCGAUGACGAUCGAACCUUCUGCACUUCGGCGAGUUGGAUGAAGCAACAUCGAAAGAUCGUUUUCUAACAGAAACAGUGAGUGUGCGAGUGUGUGUGUGUUGUGAAAAGUGUGAAAAAAUGGACUGUGGGCGAUAGCUUUUGCGGCUGCUCCUGUUGCGGGUAAAGGGCCACGGCAAGGCCAGAAAGGUAAACAAACAAAGUGUCAAAAGUGUUCGCGAUAAGCGCGAUAAUACACGCACGCACACACCCAACAACCGGCGAGUCUCGUUUCGGCGUUGAAGCAGCUCCUAAAAACACGUGUGAAGAAGAAGAAGAAGAAGACAAAAAGACAAGCACAAACCAACAACAACAACAACAACGAUGCCCGAUCACGAUAUCGAGAUGAUAACGAGCGAGCAGCUGCACGCGGCGCUGCGCAAGUCGCAGAAGCACUUCAUCAUACUGGACUGCCGCAGCUCGCACGAGUACACGGAAAGCCACAUCCGGACGGCGGUCAACUUCUCGAUCCCGUCCAUCAUGCUGCGCCGGUUCGCGGCCGGCAAGAUCGACAUCACAUCCACGAUCAAGUGCCGCGAUCUGAAGGAGCGCAUCCUGUCCUGCUACAAGGAGAGCACGUUCGUGCUGUACAACAAUAGCAACGAGCCGGUCGGGGACAGUGGCGGCGGCGGUGGCGGGGGAGCUGGCAGCCGCGAGGAGCUGGUCAUGAUGGCCACCGGAUGUGGUGCCGGGCUGGUGCCGGCGAGCGGUACGGCGGCCGCCGGCAACGAUACCACGAUUAAUGUGCUGCAUCGCAAACUCAAGCAAGAUGGCUGCCGGGUGGUCUGUCUCGAAGGUGGUUAUGCAAACUUUCGUCAGUCAUUUCCGGAGUGGUGCGAGGAUGAAGUCAUCAACGCGAGCCUGCAGACGGGCUGUGCGGCAACGGAGCAACUGAUGGGAUUAAGAUCCCUCCGCAUUUCGAUCCCAUUCUCGGACUCGGCGUGCAGCAGCAGCACCGAGUCGUCGGACUGUGAGAGCAGCACCAACUACCUGUCGGAGGCGGCGGUUAGCGUCGAGCCGGUCGAAAUACUGCCCGGCCUCUUUCUCGGCAAUGCCUCGCACAGUGAGGAUCUGAAGUCGCUGAAAAAGUACAACAUUAAAUACAUUCUGAACGUGACGCCCGAUCUGCCGAAUGUGUUCGAACGGGACGGACAGAUACGCUAUCUGCAGAUACCGAUCACCGACCACUGGUCGCAGGCGGGCGAUCUGGCGAACCACUUCCCGGAUGCGAUCAAGUUCAUUGAUGAAGCCCGCUCGAACGGAUGCGGCGUGCUGGUGCACUGUCUGGCCGGCGUGUCCCGCUCGGUGACGGUCACGCUCGCCUACCUGAUGUUCGCCCGCACCCUCUCGCUGAACGACGCCUUUCUGCUGGUGCGCUCGCGCAAACCGGACGUCUCGCCCAACUUCCACUUUAUGCAGCAGCUGCACAGCUUCGAGCAGCAGCUCAACAUCGACCCGACCCAGUCGGCGUCCGCCAAGCAGGCGCUCUACUCCGCCUCCUCUUCCUCAGCGGCCUCUUCCUCCUCGGUCGGCGGCGGUGCAUCCUCAACCGGUGGGCAUUCCGUGUCCACGACCCCGUACAGUGCCAGCUCGAUCGGGUCGUCCGGGUCGGGAUCGGCCGGGCUUGAGCCGUCGGCACGCCAACACCUCCACCAUCACCAGCACCACACGACGACGCCCCACCACGCCGCGCAUCUGCACCAUCAGCAUGCGCUGCAGUCGAAGCACUCGAUGCAUCAGGUCCACUCCCGGCACGCGGUCAAGUACACCUGCGCGUGCGUGGAGGUGGAGUGCAAGUGUACGCAGGCGGCGAUCGAUCUGCUCGGCCCGUUCACCACCGGCAUCUCGCCCGACUCCGGCAUCGAGUUCGACCGGUGGACGCCGAGCAGCAACACGCCGAAAUGAGAUACGGCCGGCGUGGAGGGUGGACGGUUCCAACUGCCGGACCACUUCCACCACCACGAUGAUCAACCCGGUGGCGGUGGGGUCGUUGCCACCGUCGCGGAGGACACCGGCUCACCCUCGUCCG